AAAACAGGCAAUCCACGCCGUAUUCUCGCAUUGUGUUUGUUGUAGCUACGCAUCCGCCGUCUAAUUAAUCACAUCGAUCCGUGUCGUCCUUCAUCCGACGAUUCCGACGGCGCUUACAGAUCGAGACGACGAGAUCGAUCCCUCUUCCCAAUCCCCCCUUGCCCUUGCGUUCGCCGCCGCCUUCUCCCUCCCCUCCGCCGCCUCCUCCACCACCAUGUCUCCGCUUUUCCCUUCCUGGUCCGUGCUGGACGGCGACGCGAGCCGUGACGCCGCCGCCUACGCAGAUCAGAGACCACCCUUGCGGUGCCUGCGCUUGGCUACCAAAAGCCGUCACGCGUGGGGGUUCGAUGCCUUGGGCGACAACGUCCAAGCCGGCUUCGACGCCGAAUCGUUGGUGUGGUGUCUGGAUCUGGAAGCGCGCAUCGCCGAUGCCCCAAAACUCUCCUCUUUCUCCCUGAGAGGAGGAGAGAGCAGCAGUGGAGAGAGAUUGUUUCCCUUCGUCCACGCCGUCGACAAGAACAUUGUGGUUUUCACAUCUGACCUGCCUCAAGCUCCUUGUAGCGCCUACAUCAUCUAUGACACAAUUGGCAAGGUGCUCUCCAUGAUCCCUUGUGAACCUUCCUGCUGUGAGGUCAGCCGUACCACACGACUUCUCAUCGCGCGCCGCCACCCCGGCUAUAAUGACCAGUCGUACGCACUGGUUCUCAUGGCCAAGAUGCCCAAGUUCGCCGGCGAGGACGACGCCAAGUUCCGGCGGGGACGACGCCAAGGGCAAGGGGAAGAUGCCGGAGUUCGCUGAGGAAGACGUUCUCACUGGAGACGAGGAAGACGUUCUCACCGGAGAAGACGUCUUCCUGGGCAAGGCCAAGAAGGUGGAGUUCGCCGGUGGAGAAGACGACGGCGACAACGACAUCAACUGGCAAGAUGUCCUUCUCCUGUGGCCUUCGUCGUCCUCUUCGCCGUGGGAGCUGACCAAGACGGCCAACCUACCCAACCAGUGGCUGGACGAUGAGAGCUCGUUCGUAGCCGACCUGACUUUCUCGUUUGAGGGACAUGGUUUUUGGGCGGAUCUCCUGUGCGGCGUACUGUUUUGCUCUUGUGAUGACCUACUCUCCGACAAGGUUGAUCGGGUGGACUUCAGCUUCAUCAAUCUUCCUAUGGGAUAUCAAGCUGAUGUCCGGUACACAGGGCAGGUGGCAGCACCAGAAGUUUAUCGCACCAUGGGUUAUGCUGGGGGAUCCAUCCGAUUCAUCUCCAUCGAUGGAUUCCUUGAGUACAUCAAUCCCGGGGAUCGCUAUGUGACAUUAUGGAGGCUGCUGCUGAAGAGUAACACUUGGGUGAAAGAAUAUGAGAUCAGUCUAAAGGAGUUGUGGAAUCAACAAGAAUUUUGUAAUGCAAACCUGCCGAUGAGUAUGACACCAAUGUACCCCAUCCUGAGCUCGCUAGAGGAACAUAUCAUCUACUUCAUGUUAGGCGAGUUCAACCAAGAUCGGGAUGGGAUCGCCUUCCCAGUCGGUGCUUACUACUUACUUCAGGUUGACAUGAGCUGUGGGAGAAUCGUGUCGUCUGCACCCCUCCCUUCUGCAUGCAGUUUGGCGCCAGUCGUCGGUGGCUCUGAUUUCAUAAGUUACCUCCCUCAUGAUACUCUUUAUGACAGAGAUGUGCUAAGCUCAGUUGUAUCCCAAAGUAUGUCAGGCUGUUAUCAGUUCGGCCCUGCAACUGGUUUGGUAUGAAGGGACUGCAAUCUGGAGGUGGAUUGGGACUGUUGGGCAACUGUAGCAAUUUGGAAGGGAGGCUGCUGGUGACCAUUUUGAAAGGGAAAUUUUGAAAGGGAAGCUAAUAGUAGUUGACACACAUCUUGGUCUUUUAUGUGGGAACACUUUGUUAGCUGUUACACUUGUUCUAUCAUCUGUUCUUAGUACUGAUAUGUUAAUUUAUGGCGCUGGCCGUCAGCCGGUUGUGGUAUGUUAAUCUAUAGAACAUAAUAAUCCUACCUACAAUUUGCCCAUGCUACUGUUACACUGUUCCCAGCUACAGUCUACCAUUGUCGUUGGUCUGAUCAUGAGCUCUGUGCGCAAUCUGGCCGUCCGUGCGGACUGCCUGCCCUCUUUCCCAUUUUGCCCCUGUUUCUUCCUCUUCCAUUCCGUGUUUAUCCUGUCAUCUCUUCCAGUCCACGCAAGCACGCCACUACAUCGCCAAGAUCGAUCCCCUCCCAUCCGCCAUGGUCGAUCCCCAUCCUCCCUCACAGAAAUCGUCGUGCCAUGUUCGAUCCUCGUCUCUCGUCGCAGAAAUCGCUCGCACAGCCGCAUCUUCCGCCGCCACGGCUUCUUUCGUCGCCUUUCUUAGCAGCGGCGCCCUUGGCUCCCUUUCUUCUCCAUGAGCACUGUGUGCAGGUCUGAGGUGGCGUCCAAGAAGAUCGGCAGCAGCGCCCUUGCUUUCCCCUCCUUUGGCAACGAUCUGCAUGCUCCGGUUUACCUUGCUUUUAUUCAGUUCAAGGUUAACACUGCCUCCAUUUUACCGUGUAAGAUUCGAUAUCUCCAUGCAUGAGUGGGUCCUGGUGUAGUCAUGAUCUAUUAAGUAUGGACUUUGAGCCAUGCACUCGAUUAGCCGGAUUUGAUGUAUCAUGUAUGGACUUGAUCUGUGCAUUCCUUCCAUUAACCUUUAUUAGAUUCCUUUUGAUUCUCCUUUACUGAAGAAUUACAGCGGAAGGUGCCACGUUCCAAUUGAGCUUUCUCGUAAUACAUAAUAUUUUUAGUGGGAAAUUGUGAAUCCCUGUUUUGACUUUCAAGAUUUUUUUCACCUCAUCACUCGAGCAUUACUUCUGAUGAUAAGCUGAUAACCUUCUGACAAUCUUUAUAGUUUUGAAGUCUUACAGGUUUUGGGGUCUACCUUCCAUGAAUAUAAUGGCUACUAUUGAAACCAGAAAUAACUCCGUGAUUGGUGUACUGCUUUAACCAAUGCCUGCACAUUCUGGAAGACCAUCGCCAAACCGAUAUCGAUAUCGUACGCACAACUGAGUCAUCUCUGCUAGCUUGGUUCCAAGUGCACCUCUACUAGCUAGCGAUGAUGAGUUCGCUACAUAUUUCCGUUUGUCUUCAAGGCGAUCAAUGCCACAGUGUCUAUAUACCAGUCCAAUUGGUGCUUAUAUUGGCAAUAUUUCCAUUCGGUGCAUUGAUCUUCAGUUCAAGAUAAAUAAUGGUCUGCGUAUGUUCUAUUUUUCUUACCGUUGUCAUUGUCAAAUGUUUGUUGGGGAUGUUACUGAUACACGAGCUUUUGAUCUACACAAAUGCCAUGGUGGUUGUUACCUCUAACCAUAUUAUAUUACCAUUGCAUUUAUAUCUUAAGAUUUAAAUUGCAUUUCGACAUAAAGGGAUUAUGAUAUUUUAAAAUUUUUCUAAUUUACGUUUGGUAUACCAUGACAAUAAUAUAGCAGUUUAGGUUUUUAGUUAAUUGUAUUGGUUGAGAAUGAGUUGGAGUUGUUUUGUUGGAUUUCUAUCGUUACAAUUGUUGCUUUCAAUUGUGUACGAGAAAAUAUUUCAAACUUAACUUGACAGGCCAUAUAUAUUCUGCAGUAUAUUUUACACACCCAUUGGCUUGGAAACUAAGUCUAACUAGCAUAUUUUAUUUGAUUCAACCACUCUUUUGUUGAUUAAAUAAUGGUUAGUUUGUCCCAGAUUAUUUGAAUUUCUACAUAUAUAAUUGAUCGCCUUUUUUCAUGACUUUCUUUUAGUAGAGUUUAUGGUUUGAUGCAUGUGGUUUACUAUCUGCUACGUAUGUUAACUUAAAAAGGAAUCUGAGCUUGUAAUAGUUGUGUGCUACUAUUGUCAUUUUAACAUGGGUCUAUAUUGUAACUGGGAUCUACCUGAAGUUGAGUUGGUGGUUCUACUAUUUUGUAAUCACGAUGAAGUUGACUUGGUUCUGCCAUUAUGUAAUCUCAAGCGAUAUGCUGAUUUUUUUUUCUUA